CACAUGGGCAUCAUCAACACUGUUUGGUCUCUCUCCAUCUGCACCGUCUGAACCCCAUCCCACUCCCUCUUCAAUGGCCCAUGAUGAUGUCGGCUGUUAGCUGCUGUUGAUACGGACUGACAGGAUGGAUGGGGCCAGUGUUUUCAUCACCGUCCAGAAAGUCUACUACCCACUCCUCUGCAUCCUGGGCAUACCAGCCAACCUGUUCACCUUCUACAUGAUCUGCGUCCGCAAGUGCGGCAUGUCGGAGACGGCCAUCGUCUACCUGUCAUGCCUGGCCGUAGUGGACACCCUGUACCUGGUGUGGGUCAUCCUUCUGGACCUGACCCUGACCUUCCUGCAGCCGCAGCCCUUCUGGCACGCCCAGCCCUGGUGCGGCAUGAUGGCCGUCAUGCAGUACGGCGCCCUCUGCAGCUCCUCCUGGGUAGUGGUGGUCUUCACCAUCGAGCGCUACCAGGUGCUCAGUUCGGCCGCCAACGCCCGACAGCGCUUCGCCCGCUCGCGCACCACCGUGCUGACCUGCGCGGCCAUCGUGGUGCUCUCCCACCUGGUCUCGGUGCCCAUGGGCUGGGUGAACGACGUGACGCCGGUGCCGCUGGCGGACGACAGCAACGGCAGCAACGCGACGGUACCGCGCUGCCGCUACCGGGAGGCGGCCUUCUCCACGGCGCUGGUGUGGCUCAUCACCUUCCUCUCGGGCGGCAUCCCCAUCGUCCUGGUCAUCCUCUUCAACUCGCUCAUCGCCUGCCACCUGUGCCGCUCCAGCCGCCUCUUCACCGCCGAGGAGCACCGCGCCAUGCGGGGCGCGGCCAACACGCGGGGCGUGGUGAGGCGCACCGUCCUCAUCCUGGGCACUGUCUCGGCCGCCUUCGUGGCGCUCAGCCUGCCGCGCUUCGUCACCUACUGCAUCCUGCGCACCCAGUACAACUACAAGGCCUUUGACCGCAACGACUACGGCAUGCCCAUCAACGUGAUCGGCGACGUGGCCAACAUGCUGCAGAACCUCAACUCCUGCACCAACUUCCUGCUGUACUGCGUGGUGAGCCGGCGCUUCCGGCAGGAGCUGGUGAGCACGUUGACCUGCAGGCCCGUGGCGGCGACGGCGCAGGAGUUUGGCUCCUUCGUCACGCAGCACACCAUGAAGGUGUUCUCCAUACUCCACAACAGAAGAGCUGUUACUGAGACCGGCCAUGUCGUUCUCACAGAGCAUAAGCGGAUUGAAUAG